AUGGUUGUUUUUGAGCCUCUGGACGAUCCUCUAAAGGUAUUACCGCUCCCGUUAAAGAUCUUUGAAAAGCUCGGCAUCAGUCAGCAUCCUACUAAUCGUGUUCGACUAGUAGCUUACAACUUAUACAUGUACUUGCUGGCCGUUUUAUUCAUACCGAAGCUGUUUCUCGGGUACGACACCAUACCCCAGUGUUUUCGAAGCAUUGCCGAGGGUAUGCUUAUACUAAAUACGAGCAUAACACAGUUUUUGCUACCCUUCAAAAUGGAUCAACUAGAAGUGUUACUUGGUGAACUCAAACUUUUCUCCGACAAAGUGAGCGUUACGGAAGAGUAUAAGCAGAUCCUGAUCAACCUCAACACCUCAAUUCACAAAUUCACGAAGCAUUACUUUAUUUUAACGAUCCUGAUAAUCGUCGCGAUGCUGGUCAGUACCUCAGUUGGCGCCCUCUACAUGUACUUUUGGCAAACUCCGGAACAAACAGUUAACUUUCCGCUAAUGAUGGAAAAUCGGCUGUACGCACUGGAUGCGCACCACAACUUUCUACACUGGUUUUUGCACCAACUUUUCGUCCUGCCUGCAAUCUGCAUAUUGCUCGUUAUAUACACCGGUAAGGCAGGCAUUUUCUUCGGCUCAAUUCGUUUCUGCUCGACGAUCUUCAGCAUCCUUGUGCUCAAAAUCAAUCGAAUGCACGUGCACAUCUCCAGAGAACAGUACACGGCGGAGCUAAAAGAAAUCAUCAUGCUUCAUCAGCUAGCUAUCAGGUGUUCCAAGCUGUUGAAGAAAAUACUUAUGGACAUUUUGCUGGCACAGUUUACCGGUUGCGUCUUGAUUUGGUGCUUCUUUUUGUACUCCUUUAUGAUAAGUGGAAUCAACGCAGAAGGUAUUACCGUGGCUGCCAUGCUGUUUUCCUUUUCUACCGAAACCUUUAUCUUCUGUCUGCUGGGAAAUGAACUAACUAGACAGGCUGAACAAAUCAGCAUCGCUAUAUACGAUACCGAUUGGUACGAGCAGCCGGUUGAGGUACAGAAAUUAAUCAUACCUAUCAUCCAGCAAUCCCAGCAGCGGAUCGGUAUAACUGCGGCCAAAUUUUACUAUAUCGACUUUAACAGAUACGGAAAGAGUAUGAAAACUGCUUACUCAUUCUAUCUACUUCUUAAGGAUAUUUUCUAA